AUGGUUGCACGCGGAAGCAUCAUGAGCUGCUACAUAACGCAAACCAAGACAAAAGAGAGGAGAACCCAGCGACUGAAGAACACAGACAAGAGCGACAGGGAACGAGUACAUCACGGCACGAUUGCAACACUCAUCGCUCUGGCACCAGCAUCUCUCUGUUCCGUUAUCUUCCAGUUACUCUUAAUGGAAAGAAUGGAAACGUCCAACCUUUGCAUUUUAGACGAAGGAUCAAAGCUCACUCUCAUGGAUGAAGAUCUCGCUGACGAGUUGGGAUUGGAUGGAAUUGAAAACCCGUUAUACCUUCGAUGGACUGGUGGGACUGAGCGUUGCGAAGAAGGCUCCUGUACUACUACCGUUUCGAUUGCAGGCACAUACAGUGGAGCAAGAAGGUUUGAACUAAAUGAAGUGCGAACAGUAAAGGAACUCCAGCUGCCAACACAGUCGCUAGAUGCAGAGAACAUGAAAAAGCAGUUUCCUCAUCUGCGUGGCUUACCCAUUGAGUCAUACAAAUGCGCUCGUCCUCGAAUUUUGAUUGGCCUGAAGCACGCACAUGUGAGUCUUGUUCUGCAAAGUCGAGAGGGAAGGCAUGAGCAACCAAUCGCAAUCAAGACUCGAUUGGGAUGGACCGUAUGCGGUGGAAGCGAUGCAGAGAAUGCGCCUAACAUGGUACAUUACUCUUUUCAUGUAGGAAUGCGCGAAGGUAGUACGGAUGAAGACCUGCAUCAGGCUAUGAAGGAAUAUUUCGCUCUCGAUAGCCUUGGUGUGACAAAGUCUAGUGAAGCACUAUUGUCCUCUGAGGAUCAGCGUAGCUGUAGAUUACUGGAAUCACUAACGAAAUUCAACGGUGAACGGUAUGAAACAGGUCUGCUCUGGCGCUAUGACGACAUCCGUCUACCGGACAGUCGACCAAUGGCACUACGACGACAUCGUUUAUUGGAAAAGCGACUGCGCAAGGAUCCAGACCUAGAAAAGAUCAUGAAUCAGAAAAUUAAAGAAUAUCUUGAAAAGGGGUACAUUCGUAAACUGCCUAAGGAAGAAGACGUACGUUCCACCUCACGUCCCGAUCAGCUGUGCUCGCUGUUUGCCAUUCUACUCCAGUUCCGUGAGCAUUGCAUUGGACUAACCGGCGACAUACGUGAGAUGUAUCACCAGGUUGUAAUUCGGGAUCAGGACUGCCCAUGUCAACGAUUCUUCUGGAAGGACGACACUGGGGAAGUUGCCGUUUUCGAAAUGCGCGUAAUGACUUUCGGAGCGUGUUGCUCGCCCAGCAGCGCCCAAUUCGUCAAAAAUAUAAAUGCGGAACGGUUCACAGAAAAGUAUCCAAAAGCGGUUGACACCAUCAUCAAACGUCACUAUGUGGAUGACAUGUUAGUGAGCGUGGAGACGGAAGAGGAAGCUAUUCUUUUAGCGCAUCAAGUAAAAUACGUACACUCUCAUGGCGGGUUUGAAAUCCGUAACUGGAUAAGCAACUCCCCGGCAGUACUGAAAUCACUCGGAGAAAUUGACACGAAGACGAAGAAUCUAGACGUUUCAGCUGAACUAGCUACGGAGAAAGUAUUGGGACUAUGGUGGUGCACUCAAAAAGACACGUUUACGUUCAAAAUAGGAUGGACCCGUUAUGACGAAGCGCUGUUGACUGGAAGACGACGACCCUCGAAGCGCGAAGUGUUGAAAGUGCUCAUGACAAUUUUUGACCCCCUCGCCCACCGUGUUAGUGAACUACUCGAUACCACGGAGGCAAGAGAGUGGCGCUGGGUGCCAACGAAAUACAACGUUGCAGAUGAUGCCACCAAAUGGCAGGGACGACCUGAUCUGACCGUUGGUAGUAGAUGGUUUACUGGACCUAGAUUUUUAAGGCAGCCCGAAGCGGAGUGGCCGCAACAAACUCAAGUCCACAAAGCAACACGAGAGGAGCUGCGUACCCAUCUGGUUGCCCAUAUCUCACCGGUAUCACCAGCAAUUCCUAUCACAGACUACUCUAACUGGAGACGACUAAUCAAAGUAAUCGGCUUCAUACUUCGUUUUCCGGACAACUGUCGACGCCGGAUUCAGGGUCAAGCUAUCACCAAUGGUCCAUUACGUACAGAGGAAUUACGCGCAGCCGAAAAUAGUAUCUUUCGGUUAGUUCAACGAGAGUCCUACGCUGCGGAAAUUUCUAUCCUAACCCAAGGCAAGCAGAUCCCACAAAACAGUCAACUUUACAAAUCAACCCCGUUUCUGGACGACGACGGAGUACUGCGGAUGCGAGGCCGGACUUCCGGCUGUGCGUUCAUAAGCGAAGAAGCAAAAAAUCCAAUAAUCCUACCCCGUGAUCAUCAUGUUACCACUUUAAUCAUAGCACAUUAUCAUGCCAAAUACCACCACCUCAACCAAGAGACUGUAGUAAACGAAUUACGCCAGAAAUAUGUAAUCUCACGAAUCCGUGUAUGCUGUGCCAAGACCUGCCUGCCGCAAGGUUAG